AUGGCUUCAGUAGUGGCAACCCUUGCUUAUGUAAGAGGCGUUCAUUACCAGAUUCUUUUAUGGAAUUUUCCGAAAGCUCUGUAUACCUUUGCUAGCCUGUUGUCGAUCUCUUUAUCGAUCUUCGCGUUGGAAGGAAUGAUGAUGCCCGGAGA